AAAAAAGCAACAGUGGGGUUAGAAAAGAGUGAAACAAGUACGACAAUGCCAAUGUAGGACAGAGAUUGUCGGAGGGAACGGCGCGGGGAUGCAGGACGUCAAACUUGAUGAUUUCAUUUGCCAUCUUCGGAAAGAAAUGGUCCUUUGUGGUUUUUUGUUCCCUUCCUCAGAUAAGUAUGAAGGAGGCGGGAGCAUGCCUUCGAGAUCAGAUGCAGUGUAUGAUGCAGGCACUGCAGGACCUGAAGCAGAUCCACAACAUCAGCAGCCUGAGCCUGAAAGAAGAAGAAGAACGUCAGAGACCCCUGUCUCCCACCAGGGGAAGGACCUCCCAUAGCUUCACCUCUGACAUCUCCGAGUCAGACACGUACGACUCUGCCUGCUGUCUGGCGUCCCCCAGGAGCGAGGAGGAAGGCAGCUCUACAGUGUUUGCCUCGCACUCCAGUGAGCGAAGCUUGGAGUUCGACUCAGGCUACUCAGAGGCCUCUGGGCCCACAUUGACCAAAGCUGCACGUGUCGGGAGUUCGCCAUGCUUGAGAGAAAACAGAAUCCCCCCAGUUGGUAUCUUGAGAAAUAAGAUCGGCCUUGGACCAAACAAGAAAAUAAGACCAAAGUCAACCUCUGAUGUCUAUUCAGAACAGGCCUGUUGGAAGAUUUUUGAUUAUGCAGAUCCCAAUGACUGGACCGUGAAUUUACUCUCCCAGAGUAGGAACAGACAGCCUCUAGUACUGGGGGACAAUUGCUUUGCUGAUCUGGUAGAAAAUUGGAUGGAUCUACCAGAGGAGGGGGAUGAGAUGAUGGAACCAAGGGGUAAGGAGCAGUCCAGCAGAUGGUUGGGGAGGUCUCAUGAAUUCAUCCUGAAUAUCUCUGGAAAUGUCAAGCGCAAACUGGCCAACAUCUCCAGGUCUGACAGAUCAAAGACUACGGAUCCCAAGCACCAUAGCAGCAGAGACAACAGCCAUGCGCACAUGCUAUCAAAAAGACUCUCUUGUCCGACAAGUUUGGCUAAUUACAUGCCGAAGCUCUCUUAUCUCCAUCGUUCUCACUCUAGCUUACCCCAGACACAUGAAGCCUCAACGGACUUUGAUAAAUUCAUGGCUUUGAUGAAAAGCAGAAGUAGGAAACCGAUUAUUUGCAAGGACACAAUUAGUUAUGUAUAGAAUAAACAGAAUGAACGUUGAAUCUGAGGCUUAUUGUACAUGAAUUUCAUUUUUUAAUAUCUUUUUCAUAUAAACCAAAAUGUAUAAAAGCAUUUAGUUUGUUCAUACAGUUUAUAUUUUAUACAUUGU